CGGAGGGCGGAACCUUCGGGUGGCUGCUGAGAGUCACGCAGCUGUCAAAGAUAGCUGUCACCCAGCUUCAUGAUCACACACACACACACACACACACACACAGAGGCUAAAGCACACCCGAGGAACACAUUGUCCCAGGUUGUUGACAAGGUGUCAGCCUUCUCACAGCUGAAUUACAGCACUUUACUCCACCGGACUGAGACAUUAAUGAAUCCACACGUCUGAGGAUUUAACACGUAAACCUUAAGGAAUAAAUUCGACAGCAGACCACAACAGGACGUGAACACGGAUUUAUUUUACGGCUAUGAAGACUAAAAAGGGUAUGUUGGCCACUUCUGGCAGUGAGACAGAAGAUGAGGAUAACAUUGAUGUGCCUCUGGAUCUUUCAUCGAGUCAUGGACCUGCAGCCAAAAGAAAACGAAGAGGCAACCUGCCUAAAGAAUCUGUACAGAUUCUCAGAGAUUGGCUUUACGAACACCGGUAUAAUGCCUACCCUUCAGAACAGGAAAAAGCACUACUAUCAAAAGAGACUCAUCUUUCCACACUUCAGGUGUGUAACUGGUUCAUAAAUGCCCGUCGAAGACUCUUGCCAGAUAUGCUAAGGAAGGACGGUAAAGACCCAAACCAGUUUACCAUUUCACGCCGUGCCAGCAAGACACCUGAAAGCAUGAGUGACCGCUUACACUCACCUAAACAUGAUAGCUAUGAACCUGGCUCAACUGCUUGCCCAGACAUCAUGAUCUCCACCAGUUUUUCCAGAAAAACUGCAUCACCCACAAUGCCACUUUCACCCACUCUGGCCCGUCCCUCUGUCAUUUGCCAUACUACCAUCACAGCUACAGGUCCAAAGGUUGAUGGGACCACAGACUUAGCAGUCUUCAGCUACCCCUCAGGAACAGGACUGGGCACGGAAUUCAACACCCCACCACCUACCCCCCCUGACCUGACAGCACAGGACUUCAGUGGCUUCCAGCUUCUUGUCGAUGUGGCAUUGAAGAGAGCUGCCGAGUUGGAGCUUCAGGCUAAACGAGUGCUCGCUUAAAUACCAGAAUCGGAUAAAUCUUUAGAGGAAAGAUAUUUUCCACAAACAUUCAUUCCUGGCCCCCAACCCCAUUGACAUGUACUUUUUUCAAGGAGAUUGGGGAUGCAACAUGGUGACAGAAAGUGUCAUAGAGUCCUUGUCAUUUCUAUUUUUGUUAAAUGUAAAUCCAGUCUGUUAAAAUUUGUUAGUACAAUACACAAUUUAAGGGGCCAUGGCAGUCCACAUUUUUUUUGUCUUUCAUUUUUGUAAACAAGUGUGUGUGUGUGUGUGUGUGUGUGUGUGUGUGUGUGUGUGUGUGUGUGUGUGUGUGUGUGUAUACAUAUAUAAUUUUUUUUUUUUUUUUUUUUUUUUUUGCACACGUGACCAAAAAUACAUAUACAAAGAUUCUGUAGAUUGUGAGUAGGGCGACAUUUAUCUUCUCUGUUGUGUUCCAUUGAGUUUUGCAGAGGUUUGGUCCCGUCGUUCACCCCUGACUCAUUUGUAGAGAGAGAAUGGUUAUGCAGUUUUUUCUACUCAUAUUUUUUGCACAAUACGGCAGAUCAUCUGUCUACUGCCCUGUUUCUUUAAUUUACUGUUAUCACUACUGUUCCAGGUCAUAUAUAUAGAAUUUUACUUGAGUUUUUUAUUUUGUUUCUUUGUGUAAACAAAUCUUUGUUUUUUUUAGUAAUGUGUUAAUUUGUUGUUCCUUUUUUCUUUUUCUCUUGAGGGAUAUUCAGAUGUAGUAUAACAUUAGUCUUGGAUUCUCUCAGAACACUCAGUGUAGAAAUGGCCAGUGAAUGUGCCCCUCCUCUCAACAUAAAAACACAUAUAUACCUAAAAGCCUACCAGCUUCAUGCCGUCUCCAAAAGCCCCAAUCUGCACAUUCUCCACACAUGUUGUGCCCUAGCAAGCUUGAGGAAUGAACACUAAAUAAUUUCCGUGCAUUUGCAUGUGCCUUUAUAUUUCAUUGUUGAUAUAACUACCCACAGAAGGACAAUGCUUUUACAUCAUGUAAUUUACAAAAUAUAAGAAGAUAGAAUUAAUUCCAAAAGUAUGCAUCAUAGUCAUGUUAGACAAGUUGUCUAACAACUGAGAGUCCUCUUAUUUUGUGCAAUGUUUGUGGCAAAUAGGGGUCACAUGUUUAAAUAAAGUUUUGUUUUCUACAAAA